AUGGCGCAAACGACAGGAUGGGAGCAAUGUUUACAUUCACUGCAGCACUGGCGGCGAGAGUUAUCGGCACGUUUAGAGGCUGUGGAUGAAGCUUAUGGAGAAAUGGCAGCGGCCAUCGAUGCAGUGCCAAAUUGUGUUUGGGCUGAUGCUCCCACAAAGCAUGCUUCUGGCAAGACCGUCAACGGCCAGCAAGAGGAGAAGUUCGAACUGACGCACGAUUGUGUGCCACAGCUGGUCACUGCAACUCCCAAGAGCCGUCAGACGGAGUAUUCCCUGUCAAGAGUGAGCACUGGCGGCCAGACGGCAGGAGGUUUCAGGAUUCUCGAAGACUGGCGCGAGGGCUUCGUGGUGAACGAAGCAGAAGCCACCAUGAUGUACAAUUAUUUGUACAGCCAGCGCAAGAAGCGGGUCGCUGUGUACCACGGGAGACCGCAGGAAGCCAGAAGAUGUGCAGAUUCAUCGCUGUGGGUUUCUUGGGCGGACUUCACAUGGGGGAUUAUGACACUCGUGUUGGUCGCCGUCGAUGCCGUGUUCCUUCCGCUCUCGCUCUCAUGGCCCAGCCUCAUCCAAAGUGGCACUACCUUGGACCUCUACUAUCAGGUGACUCCUGGACUCUGGAUCUCCGACAUCGUCGUCGCUUUCCUCAUCGCGCUGCAUCCUACGGCCCAGACCGUUCGCUGGCAGCGACUCCGGUCCUAUCUAUGUCGGCGCUUUCCUUUCGACGUCACGUUGGUUCUGGUGGACCUCACGCUGCUGGCGCAGCUGAUCCCAGAGGACUUCAAGGUCCUCACACUGCUGCGCCUGCUCCGGGCUGCGAAGUUCAAGGCUGUCCUGGGGUCGUUCGAGAACCGCCUGGCGAAACGGGGCAACAUCACCUUCGUGUACUGGUCCACCAUCAUCCAGUCCAUUGCAUCCGUGCUGGUCGUCAACCAUACGCUGGCCUGUGCGAUCUUUUACAUAGGCAGACUGGGUCAGCAGUCGGAGAUGCCGAACUGGCUGGACACCUAUGGCAUCCUGGACUACUCCGAUCCUUUUCAGUACAUGAUGUCCUUCAACUGGGUAAUUGCGCAGUACACCCCUGCGCCGUUCCCCUAUCGGGCCCAGACCGAGAUUGAGGAAGUCUUGAUACUGGGAAUGAUUCUUAUUUGCCUCCCUUUGCUGGGAGCCCAGAUCGGAAAAAUCACGGGCACCUUGAACUUGAUGAAUGAGAAAGCCAAGGAGCGCGACCACGUGAAGCGUGACCUGCAGCGUUGGCUGCACAAGACUAAAGUGCCUGAAGAACUCAAGGAGCGGAUGUCCAGCUCCCUGGACGAUGUGCUGAACUCCGCCCAGUCUCCGCUGGAGGUGAAGGAUCCGAUGGCUCUGAAGUUCCUUCCGAGCACUUUGCUGGAAGAGCUGCGGGUCGUGAAGACCGGUGAGACGCUUUCGCUUCACCCUCUCUUUCAAAUGAUCAUGGAUGACCGGCUACAGCUUGCGGGGUCCCUGGUCUCGGCAUUUAGAGUUCUGGCUACUGUGGCUGGCGAGCGGGUCUUCACCGUCGGCAGCCGGGCAGAAGGCCUCCAUGUGACCAUCUCGGGAAGGUUCUCGGUGUUGUGUCAGGAGGAGGCGUGCAUUGUGGAGGCCGAAAGGGGUGUUCCAUCCAAGUCUCUCUCUCCGGAGUCUCACAGUCUCGAUCUGGCACCUGACACCUGGGUGGGAGAACUUUGCCUCUACACGGAGAUAAACCACUCGGCCACCUUGACGUCACUGGCCUACGCCAAGUGCCUUCGAGUGUCUCCCAUGGACUUCCUCAAGGCUGUGAGGGAAUCGCCUGCGGCAAUCGUCGCCAUCCACGAGUAUGCUGUGGAGUUGCUUAAACUGGCAGGGAAGCCGUGGGAACUGCUGCCACACUCUCAAGUGGACGACUGUGUCAGCCACACACAGCUCGGCGAGUUGCUGAACCCUGGAACUGGCCGCAUCCACAACCUGAAGAACAGCGAGGCUGUCGACCUCACGGACCUUGCAUCCCGUCUCCUCUCGCGGCCAUGGGCACCCGAGGACCUCUGCGAGGAGAUCAAGGACAAGGUCGUGGAGCUCAGGGACAACGGUCUCUAUGCACAUCUCCACCACCACGACGAGGCGAAGCGCGCGGUCCUCUCCGUGCUCAGCAUGCUUUGGUUGCUGAAGGGGGACUACGAGCAGAUGGUCUCUUGCCAGAAGCUGCCCACGCGCCUGAGCAGAAGCACGUGGACGGCGAUUCAGGAGCUCCUGUGCUGGGAGAUGACACCCUCACAGCUUACGGCCCUUUUGGUCCUCUUGGCUAUUCGUGGAUUGAGCAAAAGCGCUGACUUCACAAAGCUUUGCCCGCCCAGCGAGCGCCGUAGCCCCGAGUCCGUGUUAGAUUAUGCUGUCAGCAACUUGAAGUCCUACAUCCCCUCGCUUGCGGGGCUGCCUGCGGACAGUGCUGACUACGUAGUCUCGACAGUCCGAAUGUUGGGGCAAUUCAGCUUUCCACAGUUCCUGCAGGGCGAGAACAACCCUCAUUCUGUUUGGAUGCUCCAGUCCUGCUUGAAACAGGAGGAAGAGGUUGUCUUCAAGAUGUUUUUGCUCGCGCAGGUGUGUGUGCUCUGUGGAGUGACCGGGGCGAAAUCCAUCCAGGGCUCCCAUUUCCUCAAUGAGUUGAACGGGCGGUCCGUGCUUAAGGCCCUCAGCUGUUUGCAAAACAUUGCAGAUGCUCGACCACAGGCUGUUUACUGGAGAUACAUCGCUGCUCGGGCGUGGUCCUUGCAGUUGGAAGUCCAGCAGGCCGGCGACCUUGUUCUGGCGAGAUUGGCCUGCCUCACACGUACGGUGGAUCCUCAGCGACUAAGGGAGCUCAAAGAGGAGUGGGCGCAGCUCACGGAUUCAGAACGGGACGCGCUUCAUGAGAUCUUCCUCCUAGACGGUCAUUUGCAGAAGGCUUUCAUCUUCCAAUACCUGCCGCUGUUUCUGACGAAUGCGAUGGAGAACACGGACUUGGGAUUGCGCUGCGGCCUCCAGUUCCUCGUGGAGCUUUAUGGCAAGCUCCUGGAUCAUCGGUGCCUCAGUCAUGCCGGCCCGACGGUGAGGGUCGACAUCUACUCCCUUGCGUCGAUCGUCGCGGAGGUGGACAGCCUUCGAACUCUCCGUCGGUGCCUGGAGUUCGUCCGCAUUGUGAAGCACGGGAGUGGGGUGACGGCCUUGCUGACCAAGCAGUCCUACCAAGUGCUCUCAGGCCAGCUGGUGACGUACGAUCGCAACGCUGACCUGCUUGAGGUUUUGGCUGCUCAGCAGCUGCGGCUCGAGAAGGCGAUGUCUUGGCCAGGCGGCGGAGGCGUGGGUGGCAAGAACACCGUGGAGGCUUCGGGCCAACUGCAGAAGCCUAAAAAGUGCUUUCAUGGUAGCGGAGCAAUCCUGGAUGGGAGUGGGGGCUACCCAAGGAGAGGAAAUGUUACUGAGGCUGCUUCAAGGGCAGCAAGAGCAGCUUCAGAGGCUGCAAGAGAUGAUGGGAGCCCAGGUGGGCAGCAGCAGCUUGCAGCUGCGACGCAGAGCUUUGCAUCGGCAAGCUCGUCGGCUACCAAGGGGCGUGGCCUGAUUGAUGUGAAAGCUGUGGGGCGACCGAGCCAGCUGGGCGGUACUUUGGAAGAGGCGUCGCGGAACUGGCGCCAAUGGUCGUAUCGUCUUGAGCUUUGGUUGGCCUCGCAAUUUCCGGAUGCUAGGAAGAUCCUUGCUUGGGUCAAGGAAAGAGGAGAUACCGAGAUUUCUUUGGCAAGCCUGGAGUCGACUUCGAUUACGGGCGUUGCCAAGGAAGCGGUGCUGGAAUUUAAUCGGCAGCUUGAGGUGGUGCUUGGGACGCUGACCAGCGAUGCGCCCGGAGACAUCACAAUCAAUAGUUCGACUGGGUCAGGUUUGGAUAUGUUCCGGAGGCUGCACGCCCGCCUGGACCCAUCGGACAUGGUUACCAGCAUGAGGUGGCUCAGGUCACUUAUGAGCACUUCGGCGGUGGAUUCUGUCACCUGCCUGGUGCCAGCCAUUGAGAAAUGGGAGGAUGCCCAUCGGCGGUACAGCCAGCGGAAGGACUGCGCACCUUUAACGGAGCAGCAGAAGAUGGUUUCCUUGAUCGGCCUUGCGCCGUCUGAGCUUCAGGGUCACCUGGAGCUAAACCUGGGAAGGCUCAGCAGCUACGAGCUGCUGAGGAGAGAGAUGGUGUCCUUUGCGGAUACCAAGCGGGCCUUUACGGCCACGGACGGUGCUGUGCCAAUGGAGGUGGAUGCUUUGAAGGGUGCCAAAGGGCCGAAGAGCCUGAUGAGUGAGGAAGCCGAGCUGGGCUUCAUUGGGGCUCUGGAAGGUGAGGGCGAUGCUGACCCCAAUGGGGAUCCUACGGACGGUAGGGAUGAUGAUGACGGCGGUGAUGGAGCGCUUCGCUCCUCACCUGGGGCCGACCACUCUGGAGCCGGGAGCUCUACCGAUGCCCCGGCGCCCAAGGCUAAAGCCAAGGCGGGAUCAGCCAGCUCCACCCCAGUGGGCCUAAGGAUGGCCGAUAUGAGUGUGCUGAACAAGCUCCAGGAAAGGCGAAGGGAGCUUGAAGCUCAGAUCGCCGAUGUGGAAGCCAAGGGCAGUGAAGGUGACCAAGGGGAGCUCACCAUGCACAGGCUGAUGCUGGACAUGGUCAAGGGUCAGAUAAGGAGGGCCCAAGAUCUCAAGAGGAGCAGGGAAGAGAGAAUUUCCGCUCGACUUCGGGCCGACCUGGAUGCGGGUCACAACCCGCGGCUGGCCAAGCGGAAAGAAAAGAGCCGCCAGCGAGCGGCCAAGCACCGACAAAGCCUCAGGCUAGGGCAAGCCAAGGCACGAGUCAGAAGGGAGGAAGCCCUGGAGAGGAGGUUCAAUAUCCCCGAGAGGGCACGCAAGCAGGAUGAAUAUCCGUUGCUGCCCAGUGCUGGAUCCAAGGUGGCUGCGCCACCAUCUCGCCGAGAGAAGGCUAUGAUGAGGGGCGACGGCGAGGACCGCGAGCACUCUGGGGAUGAGCUCGACGAGCCCAAGGAAAGAGACUGGAGUGCCAAGUCUCGACGGCUAACACCGGAAGGCCGUGAGGGCAAGAGGCUGCGAGAACAGAAGAGCCAAGGCCGUGAGUCAGGAAAGAAGAAGAAAGAAGAGGAGGAGGACCUGGUGGAGAUGGUUUUCACCUUCAUCGACGGCUCGGGGGUUGUGGUGCGAAGGAAAGGCAUCUCCGAGCUCACCCUCAGCCAGAAAAGGAAGGUGGAGGAGGCAAUCGCCUCUGCACCUUGGAGGGCCGAGCCCAAGACCAGAGGCAGGCCCCAGCUGAACAAGUACAGCCAGAUGUUUUCGAGGUUUGUGAACUACCUCAAGGGCUACCGACCAGCCCUGCCGGAGAAGCAGAUCCGCCGCAGGGGCCUUGCGAAGCAGUACCAGGCUGCAACCAGGUUUCGCGCAAGGGUUGGAAUCCGGAGGAAACUCCGGGCCCUGGCCCCAAGGGGCACGGUGGGCGAAACGAUCGCCAACGGGGACCUGGAUGAUGACAGCGACUGCCACUCGUGCCACAGCAGGCGUGUGAAGACGACCGAGCCUGCAGACCGCUUUUACAAGAAGCGGCGGCAGCAAGGGAGCCCACCAGGUGGUGGCGAAGGUGCCAAGGAGGCCGUGGUGUACUCCUUUGAGCCAGGGUUUGGUGGAGCCGCUUCGGCCACCACCAUCCAAGUGAUCCUGGACAGUGGGACAAGUCACAACGUGAUCCCACAAGAGUGGGUGAAGCACCUUGAGUGGGGACCCGCCGAAGGACCAGCAGGCUUCCGCACCGCAGACGGAAGCUGGUUGCCAAACCUCGGUACGGCCGUGGUGUCUUUGAGGUCGACCGAAGGGUUUUCCUUUAAGGUCCGGUUUUGCGUGGCCUCGGUGCAGCGUGCGCUUUUGAGCGCCACCCAAGUGCUGAAGCUUGGGCACACGAUCGUCCUGAAGGGAUCGAAAGCAGUGAUCCAUGUGAAAGGAAGCAAGGAGAAAACUUUGGUGUUCAAGAUCCUUGGGUCGCCUAAGGUAAGCCCAAAGCGAGACCGGAAGCCGGAAAGCGUUUUCACCCACCUUGCGGUAGCUCAGGGAAUAGGCUCUGUAGAUGUACAGCAGAAUUCGAAAGUUUCACCAGACAGCCAAUUUGGCGCGGUAGGAAAAGGUAGCGUUUUUCACCUUCCUAGGCCCCCUCCGGUAGCUAGUUCUCCCGACCACUUUUUCAUAGGAUCAGAAGGAGAAGAGGACGCGGCCGAGGAGGAAAGAAGCAAAGCAAAGGAAAAGGCAAAGGAAGGGGCAGGAAGCCCGACGCGCAAAGCAAAGGAAAAGCCAGGAAGCCCAACGCGCAAAGCAGAGGAAAAGCCAAGAAGCCCAACGCGCAAAGCAGAGGAAAAGCCUAGGUCUAACUCGGGCAAGAAUCGAUCUGGGUCCCUUUAUGUGGGUGAAGCCGGUAGUGCUGAUCCACCAAGGGAGGAAGCUGCUUCAGCGUCCUCCCAGCCUCAGGUCGAUGAAGGUCAGUCUGCUCAACCGUUGGCGCGGCCAGACCGACCAACGCCCGAGAUGAUAGCAGCUCAUGCGGUUUCCCACGUUCCGUACAGGAGUUGGUGCAGAGCCUGCGUUGCAGGUCGUGGUCGAGCUUAUCAGCACAAAGCCUCGGGUCAGGAGUCCACGGUGCCAGUCAUCAGCAUGGACUACCUCUACUUCAAUGAGAGAUCCGAUGGUGCUGGUCUGCCCACCAUAGUCCUUCGCGAUCGCCACUCGAAGGCUAUCUUUUCGCACCUCCUCCCGUGCAAGGGGACUACUGGGUCUACGCACCCUGAGCGGGCUAUCUUGAAGGACCUUGAGUUCCUAGGGUACAAGAAACUGGUCCUGAAGAACGACCAAGAAGCUUCUAUCAAAGCUCUAUCUCUCGCUGUCCGCAAUGGCUUCAGUGGGGAGAUUGUUCCGGAAGAGUCACCAAAGGGGGACCACCACGGACAGAGCAACGGAGAAGCUGAGAGGUCUGUUCAGACCGUACAGGGUCUAGUGCGAACCCUGAAGGCCAGUUUAACUGAGAAGGGCAUUACCCUUGAACCCACUUCAUCCGUGUUUGCUUGGAUGAUUGAAUAUGCUGGUGUGCUGCACACCCUGUUCAGUCAAGAGCUCCAUGAAGGGCUGACGCCUUUUCAGCGAAUAAAAGGGCGCAAGUGGCAAGUUGCUUUGCCAUGCUUCGGUGAAGCUGUGGACUUCCGCCGCAACACGCGCUCAAAGCUGGACUCGCGAUGGCAAUCUGGAGUUUAUCUGGGCCUGCGCCUGCAGAGCACGGAGAAAAUCGUGGGAACCAAUCAAGGGAUCUUCGUGGUCCAAAGUAUCAAGCGGAAGCCCGAAGGCCAACAAUGGGAUUCCGACUUGGUCAAGGCAGUUCGUGGAUUGCCCUGGAAGACCUCUCCGGAUGAGACUGGGGAUGGUGCUCGAUUACCCGAGCCACUGACCGUACGAGCCCAGGUUGAGGAGGGACUGCCUCCGCCUGCUCGUGAACUGGUUAAGCCCGAGGUAGCAUCCUUCAGGUGCACCUACAUCCGCCAAUCUGACCUGGACAAGUUUGGGUAUACGGCGGGAUGUGAGGCAUGCUCAGCAAUCCGUGAGGGUCGAAAGAGAACGGGGAUCAACCAUACUGAGCACUGCCGCUCAAGGAUCAUGGAAGCCCUAAAGGACUCAGAGAGUGGAAAGGCCCGACUGGAACGCGAAGAGCAGCGUGAGAGUGAAUUCUUCGACAAGGUGAACAAAGCGGAAGAGAAGAAGAGGAAGGUGAGUACUGAGCAGGAGGCGUCUUCUUCCACAGACCCUCCAGCGGCCCAACCUUCCAGACCUUUGACCAUUGCUCGCCAACCGCCUUUGAGGCCAGAGGUUCCGAGUGAACCUAGCUCUCUGCCACCUGGUGGUGCGGCUGCCUCAGCUGCGCCCAGUGGGGGCCAGAAGAGAAAGAGUGAAGGCGGGGGGGAGGAAGGUCGUGCCGAGCUGGCACCUCCUGACGAAAGGUCCGAAGGUCAGAAGCGCAAAUCACCUGAGAAUGCCGAAGGCAUGAUCGAAGAGCUCAUUCUUCAAGAGCGCGAAGGUUUCAUUGCCAGUAUCGAAAACGAGGAACAACCCACGUGCGACUUAGAGGACGACUUGUGGGAGGAAAAGUUCUACGACGAGAAUACUGGUAAAGAGCUUCCCGCCGAAGGUGUCAAGCAAGCUCGCAUGGAGGAGAUCCAAGUUAUCAAAGACAUGCAGGUUUGGGAGCCGAUUCCAAGACCCCCUGGCGAACGGGUCAUCGGCACCAGAUGGAUUGACAUCAAUAAGGGGGAUGAUCUUCGAAAGAAACUGCGCUCAAGGCUGGUAGCACAAGAACUGAAGAGAAAGAAAGGAGUCAACGAAGAUCCGAGCUGGACCGAGUUCUUUGCGGCAAUGCCGCCAUUGUCCUCAUUGAGGGCUCUCUUCACGCUGGCUACAACUGGGCGCGUACCCGGCCCAAACAAGAAAGCCUUCCAGAUGAACGAGCAUGGUGAAGUCUGUGUGCUGUUCAUUGAUGUGAAGAAAGCUCACUUCUGGAGUCCAGUCAGGAGGCGACUCCUCGUGGAGCUCCCACCAGAAGUGGGAGAAGGACCUGACAAGGUUGGCCUUCUCAAAAGGAGUCUCUACGGAACCCGUGAUGCACCGAGCAACUGGGAACAUGCCAUCAAGAAAGUAAUGGCCGACUUAGGUUUUAAGCAAGGGGUGUCCAACCCGUGCCUUUACUUUCACCCUGAGCAUGGCUUACGUUGCAAUGUGCAUGGAGACGACUUCACUGUCGUCGGGGGCUACCACAAGCUUCAAUGGUUGAUUGAGUCACUUCAGAAAGCGUGGACAAUCGAGGUGCGAGGAAUCUUGGCACGGCCCGGCUCGAGCCUGCCAGGAGUCACUCACAGCAUCUCUGUGCUGAACAGAUUGGUCACGUGGACCAACGAGGGGAUUGAGAUGGAAGCCGAUCCUCGGCACGUGGACCUGGUGCUGGAACACCUGGGUUUGAAUAACUCCAGCUCUGUUACCACACCGCUUGUUAAGAGCACAGGGGACGAGGAUGAAAGUCCACUCUCCAAGGAAGAUGCUGGACUCUAUCGGUCCAUAGCAAUGAGGAUUGGGUAUCUGUCAAGCGACAGACCCGACAUGCUUCGGACUGUGAGGGAACUCGCUAAAGGCCUUAAGGAGCCCACUCAAUAUCACUGGAACCUGCUCAAGCGCGCAGGGAGAUACUUGAGAGGAGCACCUCGCCUCGUGCAGCUUAUUCCUCACCAAGAAGGGUUCAGUGUCAUUCAAGGAUGGAGUGAUACAGAUCAUGCAGGAUGCGUUCGCACGAGAAAAUCCACAACCGGGACAGUCGUGCAACUAGGGAAGGCAGUCAUCAAAGCCACUGCGAAAGGGCAGGCAGUCAUAGCACUAUCCAGUGGGGAAGCUGAAUACUACGGCCUGAUAUCCACCACCAGCGCAUGCUUGGGUGAACAAGCAAUGUUGGCUGAUUGGGGCAUCAACUGCCCUGUGGUCAUCAACAUGGACGCCACCACGGGCAUAUCCAUUGGAAGCCGGAGAGGUCUUGGACGUGUGAAGCACAUCCACACCUGCUUCCUGUGGGUUCAAGAGGUGAUCGACUCUGGCCGAGUUAAGCUGAAGAAGGUCCCUACGGGAGAAAUGCUGGCUGACCUGAUGACAAAGCCUCUGGAUGCGAAGCUUAUCCAGAAGUUCUUGCAAGAAAUGGGCUACAACAGCAAAGCGGGACGACAUCCUUUGGCCCUGAAGACGUGA